AUGCCCAACGCUCGCCAUAGCCGACGAAUACAACAACUCAGUUCAGAACGUGAUGUAGAGGACGAUAUCGACCGACGUGGCACCGAACAUCGACGUUCCAACUCAGCAGCCAACCCUAAUGAAGAAGGAAAUGCUGAGAUGCAUGCAGCAAACUUGGACCUUUUGCAUCGUACCUACCUCGCCCACAGAGGACAGUUACCUGAUGUCACAACCAACGAAUAUCAGGAGGAGAAUGCAGCACCGGGUUCCAUAAGUGCUGCAACCUCCAGGCAUGAAGGAGAAUGUGUCUCUACAGACAAUAAGCGGAUAACAACCACUGAUAUACAUGCGAUCCGGGAGCAAGUUAGUACCCUUUGUAACAAUGUAGGGGGUGCUAGCUCGUCUUCAGGUCCGUCUUCGGGGGUCCUCGCCCACAUUCUCGGUCCAGCGGUCGCCGCUGCCGUCGCAGCUGACACCGAUAGUGACCAACCACUACGGCAGUCACCUGUACCGGCUAAAGUAACUGUGAGCAACAACCCACCGCGAUCAUCAGGUCCAAUACUACUUCCACCUAACAACGAGGAUAAUGUCUCAACACGUAGCGAGGUACUUCGACGCCCACCUAACCGCAAACGUACACGUCGCCGUAUCACCAAGCAGGGUAAGGGUUCAUCAGAUGAAGCCGACGAUAAUCCAGAAUUCCGUAUCCCAGGUCCUAAGCGUAAGCACCACGGACUAGGGUAUGAGUUUCCAGACUCAGAUAAUCAAAUACCUACAAGUGAGACCGGAUCCCUCCUAGAUGUCGAAGCGCUGGAGAACAUGCACGACCGAUUGCAUACCAAGGUACGCAAACAACAGCGUCGUAAGGAAUCUAUACACGAAACGUCGGGUAAUGAAGUCCAGAAGGGCCAUGACCCUGAUUCGUCCAACAACAAUGUUUCAUCCAGCGAUGACAAUACAUUCGGUAAUAAUUUACCUACUCCAACGCCCAAACCACCCAAGAAGGAUAAGGAAGUGGUCGCGCCUCCACCUACGCUAAAGGAGAUUGAGAACAAUCGUCGCAAGCUUCACGCAGGCGCCCUCCAAGUGAGUGAACAGAUGUGCAAAGCCCUUGAUGAUAUAGAUACGCUACGUGCAGAAGCCUUACAGGGUAUACUAAACUCGCUACGUGGAGCAUAUGAAGCCAAGGCAACAGAGAAGCGCAGAGUGCCAAUGCGGAAGCAAUGGCCUGAAUAUCCAUCGAACAGAUACCAUCUCAGCGAUUUUAUGGAACAGGAUACGAGAGGAGCUCUCCUCGAAGCAUAG